AUGGUGUGCAAGCUCCAUGCAGAGCUGGGCGCUGCCCUCUGUUCCCGCCAAAGACAGGGCAAACAUAGCAGUGGUCAUGGAGGUGAAAGAAUGGCUGCAGCGGUGGAUGUUGCCAUGAAUGUGCUGAUGAAUACAUGGCUUUCUCCCCAUUUACUCUCCUGGAACUUGGACGAUCUGCUGCGUGAACUUGGGCACACACAGUGCCCAUGCCACCUCCAUCUUCUCACUAACGGCUUUGGCACUUGGCAGAACGAAGCCAUCACUCACCUCUCAGACUCACCUCCUGACUCCACUCCCUCCUCAGAUCCCUGCAGCCUCUUGUAUGCACAGAGAAGCCGUGUCACUGGGUCAUGUGCUCUGACAGGGGCCUAG